AUGAUUAUGGACAUACAGGACAGCGGCAUGCUGCGCAAUGGGACCCUCCCUGUAACAGCAGUUCCAAGCAAUGGCUUCUUGACAGGAUAUCUUGCCAACUGCAGCAACUGGCAGAUCUUCAUCACCAUCUUGCUCCUCUUGAUGACUUACGAUCAAGUCGCAUACCUUAUCCGAAAAGGCCCAAUUGCUGGUCCAAGGUUCAAGAUCCCCUUCAUGGGGCCUUUCGUGCAGGCUCUCUACCCCAAGUUUGACGCCUACCUCGCUCAGUGGGCCAGCGGUCCUCUCAGCUGCGUAUCAGUCUUCCACAAGUUCGUCGUCUUAGCCUCCGACCGAGACAUCGCACACAAAGUCUUCAAGUCCCCGACGUACGCCAAACCAUGCCUCGUUCCGAUGGCGACUGAAAUCAUGGGAGCCAAUGCUUGGGUGUUUCUCAUGGGCAAGGCGCAUACCGAAUACCGCAGGGGUCUCAACGGUCUCUUUUCCAACAAGGCUCUUGGCUCCUACCUACCCGUACAGGAAAAGGUCUACGGCGACUACUUUGACAAAUUUGUUGCUGAGAGCGAGGCCCAUGGAGGCAAACCUACGGCGUUUAUGCGUCUUUUCAGAGAGAUCAACUGUGCGCUCUCGUGCCGAACCUUUUUUGGCGACUACAUCUCGCAAGACGCCGUCCAGAGAAUCGCCGAUGACUUCUACCUAGUCACCGCUGCUCUCGAGCUCGUCAAUGUCCCUCUUUCGAUCUACGUCCCCUUCACAAAAUGCUGGAAGGGCAAACGCACUGCACAAGCCGUUCUAGCCGAGUUCGCCAAGUGCGCGGCAGCAUGCAAGGCUAACAUGGCUGCUGGUGGCAAGCCGACGUGCAUCGUGGAUCAAUGGGUUCUUCACAUGAUGGAAUCUAAGAAGUACAACGAGAGGAUCGCCGCGGGGGAAGUUGGAAUCGAAAAGCCUACGAACCUGAUUCGCGAGUUUACAAAUGAGGAGAUCGGAAGCACCAUGUUUACCUUCUUAUUCGCUUCACAGGAUGCAUCGAGCAGCGCUACUACUUGGCUUUUCCAGGUCCUCGCCCAACGACCAGACGUCCUCAACCGUCUUCGAGAAGAAAACCUAGCGAUUCGAGGCGGUGACAGAAGCCGACCAUUUGAACUCUCCAUGUUCGAAUCAAUGACAUACACUAACGCCGUGGUCAAAGAACUCCUCCGCUGGCGUCCACCCGUCAUCUUCAUCCCCUACCUCGCCACAAGAUCCUUCCCCGUAACACCCAACUACACCGUCCCCAAAGGCUCCAUGAUCGUCCCAUCGUGCUACCCCGCCCUCCACGACGCAAAGGCGUAUCCGGACCCCGAGACCUUUAACCCGGAUAGGUGGAUCACGGGGGAUGCUGAACAAAAGACCAAGAACUGGCUCGUGUUUGGGGCUGGACCGCAUGAUUGUCUGGCGAGGAAGUAUGUACCGUUGACGAUGGCUGCUAUGAUUGGCAAGGCGGCUUUGGAGCUUGAGUGGGAACAUCAUGCGACGGAUCGUUCAGAGGAGAUUCGAGUUUUUGCGACGUUGUUUCCCAUGGAUGAAUGCCAGUUGGUGUUUAAGAGACGUGAAUAG